AUGAAGAGGAUUUCUGGUUGGACGGAAUUGUCCAAUCUUCCGGAUGAAGUCAAAGAUUUAAUCUUAUUGAGUCUACCUGUGAAGACUGUCUUGCGAUUCAGGUGCGUAAUCAGAGACUACUUGCGAUUCCAUAACCCUAAUUUCAUUAAAAUGCACUUGAAUCGACAGAUUGAAAUCCACGAUGAUGCCUCUACUACUAUCGUCAUUGCAACUGCUUAUAAGGUAUAUAAAGCAGAUCUUGGCACACUUGGCAACCCAAUCCGUAUCGAUUUACCUUUCCUGAAUCCGACCUCCUCAUGCCCAAUUCGAUUGCUAGGUUCUUGUAAUGGGUUGUUAUGCUUAACUCAUUGGGCACGUGACAGAUACAUUGUGUAUUUGUGGAAUCCUGCUACAGGAGAGUACAAGCAAUUGCCAGGACAUAAUAACCAUAAAAAGCACUACAUCGUUUUAGGGUUUGGUUAUGAUCAUACUUCUGGUAAAUUCAAGGUUCUGGCAUUUUCAUAUGAUGCAGUGAAGAAUACAAAAGAAGUCUUUGUAUACACAUUGGGGACAAGUUCUUGGAGAAGCAUUGGAGAAUUUCAGUUCCCUCGUGAGUUAACAUGGCAAACAUGGCAGGUGUUUGAAGGUUGUCCCCAUUGGAUUAUGACUGGUUUGAAGUCCAUUGUUAUAUUUAGUGUUGGAAAUGAGAAUUUUAAGGAUAUUCCAAUGCCCCCCAUUGACAUUGCUACAACAAGAUCCCACUUGACUGCAUUGGGAGGUCGUCUUUCUAUAUAUUGUUAUGUAUCUAACCUGAAACGUCAUGAAUUAUGGGUGAGAGUGAAUGAUGGAUUGGAGCAUACUUGGACCAAACACCUCUCCUUUAAUGACUCAGUCAUACCUGGAUAUCUUAAUGGAUACAUAGAUAAAACUGUGGUGUGGGGCUUCAAGAAUGGUCAACUUUUACUGGGACAUAAAGGACCAUCUUUAUUUGACCCAGUGACCGGUGAUGUUAAAGCUCUGUAUCUUCCUGGUCAUCCAAAGUACUUUAAAGUUUAUUCCUAUAUCGAGAGCCUCGCAAUGCUCAAUGUUGAAGAUAGAGUGGAUGUGCAUCAGAACUCGUUAAAUGGAGUAAAGACUUACAGGGAACAGACAAUAUGUGGAAUUCACGGGACUACUGCAAGGACUACAAGAGAUGGGAGGAGGAACAGGACUGUUGCUGAUAAUAUUAAACCUGAUCCUUUAUUGGUUAUUAAGAAUGCUAACCGGUGA